CCUAGCAUAAAUUUGGUGUUCUGCUACUCCUAUUAGAGGUUCGGAAAUUUCUCUUGUAUUGGAAUUAUCUGCAAGGCUUGCUGAACCACAGAGUGCAGGAGCCCACCUCCAGAGUUUCUGAUUCAGCUCGAACAACGUUGGUGUGGAAACCGUGUGUGAGUAUGUGUGUGCCAUCUUAGAGAAAGCCAAUGCGAUUAAGGCUGGAUCUGGACUCUGAGGGACAGCUCCUGUGGAUGCUGAGGAUUAGCAGUAACAGCUGCUGUCCUGCCCAUUAGAGGAGAAACAGAAGAGAGAACAAAAGGCUUAUUUAAAGGAUGCAUCACUGCAACUCUGAGUGGGGGGAGCCUUUCCAUCAAGGCUGAAAGAAAGUGUGAUACUAGCUGAUACUUCUCGUGACGCAAGAUAAGGGGAGGAUGAGGGUCCCUGCUGCCCUCACAGGCUGGGCUUGUGCAGCUCUCUGCCUGGCUUCCUGCUCAACUGCCUUUUCUCAUGGUGCCGGCUCGGUGGCCUGUCAGGACAUGCAGCCCAAGCACCUUCAAGCCCAGCCUCAGAACCCCGGCACGCACCACAUCACCAUUCACACCAGCAGAUCUUCCUACUUACCGGGAGACAUCGUUCUAGUGACCGUGAGAAGCAGUCGGGAUUUCAUGGGAUUUCUACUACAGGCUCGAAGAGUCUCUGAUCAUCAAAUAGCUGGCACUUUUGUUUCCAUCCCUCCUCAUUCCAAACCGAUGGCUUGUUUUCAAGAGGCUGACACGGUCACCCACUCUGACAAGUCCCGGAAGAGAAACCUGGCCUUCGAGUGGCAGGCUCCUGCCCAGCCUGUGGGGGAUAUUAGAUUCCUUUUAUCAGUGGUCCAGUCAUAUUUCGUUUACUGGGAGAGGAUUGAAUCCCCUGUGAUGUCUCAACAGACACGCAGCAGAACCCAUCGUGAUGGCCCCGUGCAGCCCAGCUCACCGAUGCCAACCCCUGGGUGGAGGCCAGAGGGAACGGAAGGAAUCACCCCAGCUACUGCAAUCAGCAAUGGCCAGCAACCCAGAGGGGACAGCAGCCCAACCCUAGAACCAUCCUUGGAUGUCCGUGGGCUGGAGAGACUCAUGGCUCCUGGGAGAUUCUCCUCAGAGGGCAUUGCUUCCAGCCCUAGCACCUACUUCAGGACUCAGGAUGAUCCAAGCUUUGGUUCAUUGGAAACUUGCCUGCCCUCGGAUAGGGAUGAACAGGACAAGAUGGAAUCCUCUAAUAGGACUGUGAUGAGGUCCCGUCUGUCCACUGUCCAUCUUACCUAUCCUCGGCAUUUCUGGUCCUCUGAAGCAUUCACUGGGAGUGAGGCUAGGGCAGCUACCUCAACCCCUGUCUUCCACAUUUCUACCACUUCUAGGCCACCUGCUGCAGGCAGCCAGUCAGAGACAUCUAGGCCUUCUGCCAGCUUCUUACCUCAGUCGAAGUACAAGGAGCCCAGAGUGGGGGAGGGAAAUGGAAGGGGCAGAGGGGGAUACCCCAGGAAGCCCAACCCAAGGCCUGAGGUUGAGCAAGAGGGACACAGUGCCCCUUCGGGGCUCCAGCUCAGGACUUCCCAGCUGGGAAUCCUGCUUUGCCUUUCAGCCACCUUGGGCAUGGCCCUGGCUGCUGGCCUUCGCUACCUGCAUGCCCAAUAUUGCCACACUCAGACGGAAGUAUCCUUCAGUGAGCCUGCUGGGGAUGCUAUUACCAGCAGCGAUGGAGGCGAGACUGUGCAUGUCAGGAAGAUCGGGGAGAACAGUUUUGUUUCAGUUGAAGUGGAAUACAACUGGAUCACUUCCUCUGUGGGUAGUGAGAAAACAGUCCUCUGAGAAGAUCGUGGUACUAGGCAGGCAUCUGAGUGGCUGUCCCUAGACCCUGCGGUGUCUCAGCCAGAACAGAGCUAAUGAGAAUAGCUGAUGAGGAUAGGGGCUCCCUGUGCCCCCAUCAGUGAGCAGUUAGUGGAGGAAGCUGUGAGCAGACCGUUUUAUCAACAGAGGGAGUUCUGCCCGAGCUUUGUUGUCUUAACAUCUGUAAUUUAGCUGCUUUUUUUUUUCUUUUCACAAUUAGACGUUCUGUUUGAAGAGUUAAACUCCACACAAUGAAUAUUGUAUAACCUGCUCAUUAACUAGACUCCUGUGGCCGCCAAGCUUCCUCUGUUGCCUUAAGGAACCUGCAGAAAUAGAAAUUCUGUCCCUCCUCAGUAUGUCAGCCUCAUCCCUUCCAACUCUUUGAAAAAAAAAAAAAAGUAAUGUUGGGGUUGUGUCUCUUGCAAGAAAAAGAACCGUGGCCCUCACUUUGCCUCUCCAAACCACCCCAGAAGUUUCAUUUUCAACACUGGCUCUGCUUCGGUUGACUAGGUGAGUGCAAGGGUAUUCAGUCUUCUUGGAAACUCAGAAGCCUGGCAAAUCCCCUUGGAAAUUGAUCUGAAGCAAGGAGAGUUUGAGAGAGCUCGACUGAACACAUCUGUGGGAAAACGUAUACAUGCUGCAUAAACACCAGAGUGUGGUAAGCACGCCUCUUCAUCAGGUGUAAAUGGAUCUGAGACUUCCCAUCCAUUUACACUUGAUGGGAGGCUUAUGAAUCCUAACAGCUAGCAAACAUAUUGCCUUUUGCCAAAGGUCAGGCUGAAAAAAAACUGAUGAUCCCACAGUUUGAAGAAGAGCCUCUACUCAUCUUUUCAGGGAGAAAAGGAAGACAGCAUUGUGGACAAAGUCCAUUUUCCUGCUCUUGUGAUUUACGAAGAUCACUUUGAUUUAGGACGUGUCCUAUAGAUACUGUGUGGGGUCAACAGGUUUGACUAUAACUUUUGAAUAUACUCACCUAAUAUGACAUGUAGAAAUUAGCUGCCUUUUCAGAGAUAGACCUGCUACAGAGUCACAAAGCAUUUUAAUGUAGAAACGGAAAAACACUACACAUCUGGCAAGGGUGUUUAUUCAUCCAGCACAGGUAGAUCGUACAGGUAGUGUGCUAACUUUGCAUACAUUUUCACAUUUAACUUUCACAAUAACUUAAUGAGGAAAAAGUGUAGUGACUUGCCAAAGAGAGAGAGGCUUUCAUGACAUCUCAGUUCAACAACAAAAACAUUUUUUUAAAAAAACUGGGGUGUGGGAAAGAGCUAGAUCCUGCUGUUUUUCCAGCCUCUUAUAGCUCACUGGGCACUAAUACCACGAUUGUUUCCUCCUGGAUUCUGGGCUAGGCAGAUCUGUCCCGUCUUUAGUUAAGUGCCUCAUUAGGACCAGGGAGACCUAGGUAAUUGCGUGUUCACAAAUGAAAGUGUUCUAGGAAUGCUGUGGAAAUGAGUGAAUUUACUGUACUCCAAUGGCAGCCACAGAUAUCCUUUUACAUAUCUCGCCCUCCUCAAAAGAAAUCCUCCCCGAGAUGCAGACGAGGAACCCACCAGUGGAGAGCUCUCCUCUGACCAUCACAUCAGAUGGCCAAGUGCACUACACAUACACCUUCAAGACCUUACCUGUCCAAGAGGAC